AUGACAGCGGUAGCAUCAUCAUCCGACAACUUAGAAAAAUAUCGACAAAUAGCUAUUUUGAUUCAUCGAAUCAAGUACAUAGAGAUUUUAUAUUCUCUUUGGAAAGUGUAUUUACAAUCCGGCUUAGGUCAAUUAAAGUCCGAUUUUUCUCGAAAUGAAUUAGGUCCACAUGUAUGGGUAAAGUCUGUUCAGUCGAUGGUCAAAAUGGCUGUUCGUUCAGGUCUCGAAAAGCAUGAUGCAUGUUUGACCUAUGUGAAGAAUCGUCUUGUCCAAUUAGAUAAAUCUAAACAAGAAUGUCAUGCUGAUCUACAAGUUCAAUUGAAUCAUUUAUCUCAUUAUUCAACCAUCAUUCAACCAGCAAUAGAUACAUUUAUCGAAGAAAAUCUUCUUAGUCUACGAAAGAAAAUUCAGCAUAAAAUACAACUGGUUUACUUUGACUAUGAAGAAGAAAUCAUAAAACACGAGUAUCUUAAACAGAAUCCGAAUGAUGCUCAAAUAAAAUUAGCAGAAGAACUCUGUACUGUUAAACAACAAGAAAUACUGAGCAAAUAUACAUCCGAACUUCUCGAUAAACAACUUAUUCAUUAUAAUGAUUCAUACAAUCUUGAACGUUUACCUAUUGCUCGCGUUCCUUUAUUUGAUUCGAUUGGUAACGCCAAUGUUCAACAACAAUUCUAUUCACAUUAUAAACAAAUUAUUGAACAAACAAAGGAAGAUAUGCUUAAUCUCUACACACAGUCAGCUAGAACUCAAAAGAUCCGUUAUCAAAAUGGAUAUAAUGAUAAAAUGAAAAAAAUUAGAGAAGAACAAUAUUUACUUCCAGAUGAACAAAAAUUAACUACAAAAAUGAUUGAAAUAAUCGAACAACAUGCUCGUCUUAUUGAAAAACGACUCAAAUCUAUUCACUAUUUUAAACUUGAAAAACUUUCUAUUCAAUCAUACACAUGA